AUGCAGCUAGAAUCUUUGGAUGUAUCCAGAAAUGCACUGAGUGGUGACUUUCCAACAAUUUGGUCCUCCCAUAUAGAAGUUUUGUUCGCCAAUGACAAUUUUUUUAGUGGAAAUAUACCUUCAAGCUUCGGUAGAAUGUCUGAACUUUGGCUAUUAAAUCUUGCAAACAACCACUUAACUGGAGUGAUCCCUGUGAGCUUGGGCAGAUUAUCUAACCUGCAACUAUUAAAUCUUGCAAACAACUACUUUACCGGAAUGAUCCCUACGAGCUUGUCCAAAUGCUCUUCCCUUAAAGUCAUAAAUUUGGGAAAUAAUAGUUUGGUGGGAAACAUACCCCAUGAGUUCAGUCAACUAAGUGAAUUAUAUUCGUUAGUUGUGCAUACUAAUACGCUAAAUGGAGCAUUCCCUUCCUUAAUAGCAAAUUGUUCAAAGCUACAGGUUCUUGAUAUUGGCAACAACCUAUUUGGAGGUGAAAUACCAAUAUCAGUUACAAAUAUUUCAAAGCUAAGAGUAUUGGUAAUGAAGGGGAACAAUUUUAUAGACAAUAUUCUUUCAGAGAUUGGCCAACUAAAAAGCCUCCAGAUUCUGCGCCUUUCUUCUAAUCAUAUUUCAGGCUCAAUUCCACACACAAUUGUAUUGUUCCAAGCAAUUGCAAUAGAAAAUCAAGAUGGCUUUAUAUUGUCUACUUUUGAUGGCUAUUAUCGAGAUGGAUUGGCUAUGGUUUUAAAAGGCACAAAACAAUACUUUGAAUAUAUUCUUUCAACUCUCACAUCCAUUGAUUUCUCAAAUAAUGAAUUGGAGGGAGAAGUUGCUUCUAAUUUUGGGAACUUGAAAGGAUUGAGGCUCCUAAACCUUUCAAUGAACAAUUUGAAUGGUACCAUUCCAAAUAGUUUGGGAGAAAUGAGUCAACUAGAGUCACUAGACCUUUCAAGAAAUCAUUUUUCAGGAAAGAUUCCUAGAGAGCUUGAAUUUUUAAACUUCUUCGGUUCACUAAACUUAUCAAACAACAAUCUUUCACGAAUUAUACCACAAGGGAUGCAUAUAACUAGCACAUUUACAGAAUCCUCUUUUUGGGGAAAUCCAAAUUUAUGGGGAUGUCCCCUACCCAAAAAUUGUACUUGGCGACAAUAUGCUCCACCUCCUCAUCCAAUUUCAAUGAGGAAAGAGAAAAAUAAUAUUGAAUAUCCAUGGUAUAAGAUAGCAAUGGGUUUGUCUUAUGGAGUAGCAUUUGGAGGGAUGUUAUCAUUGAUCCUAACAAGAAUUAGUUGGAGAAGGAAAUACUUCAAUAAAGUUGAUACAAUAUUGAAGUUUUUCUUUCCAUGGAUGAAGAAUUUGACAUUAUGA